GUUCCAGAAAAUUCCUGCACACAGUGACUUCUAGAGACUUCAGUCACUGUUUCAACUGCCCAUCAUUAAGUUUGUAACUAGCUCUUAUCUAGAGUCUUCUAUGUAUCUUCCGAAUUCAAUUGUAAGGGCCUGUGUUUAGUAGAGCCCCUUUAUGGGUUUCUCCUCUGUCUCUCCUCCAAUCCUCUGUUUGUUUUCAUUGUGUAUCUUGUCUCCUGUGUAAUUCUGUGUGUAUUACUGCUGUUCUUUAUCAGGCUUGUGCUAUCGGCAGAAGACGUCCAUGUCUGGUUCAAAGAAUCGACGAAGGCGGAGGCCGUCAAGGGAUAAAAGAGAGCAGAAUAGAAAUGACUGCAAACAGUCAUUUAGGAGUAAUAAUCGCUUCCACACAUCUCACCUACAAUCUGCAGGUCAAAUUGAGAGAUGGCUAAAUGACCAAGAUGCGAUCCCCACAACCCAUCUCAUCUCUUAUCUUAGUUCAGAUGAAGGCCGCCAUGCUCUCACACAGAUUGUGGACAACCGUAGUCUACCAUUCGACAUUGCUCUCAAAUUAGCUAAGCUCGUGACUAGAGAUGAUAUCAGGGGUAGGUUGCAGAAACACGAUACAAAUAGAAUAUAUGGGGUCUUUGUGGGUUCUGCGUUUCUUGCGCAGAUUCAAGCACAUGUUGCAAACAUGGUCCGACCGAAGGCAAAUGAUAUAUGGCCUUUCCUUCAUCUUUACCAUGAAUUGCAGAGCCGAACUGAAGAUGGGUGGAAGUUUGUUGCAGUGGAGACUCUUAAAGAAGCAUUGGAUGGGCUACGUGAAGAUGAUGAGAAGUGUGAAAUCUAUGCAGAGUUUUUGAAGCUUGUGGAGUAUCGAGAUAAAUUGAAACGGCUUCAAUUUCUUGCAAAGUCGGAAGGGACUUCUCAGGAAUCUAUUAGAACGUGUGCUAUAAUACCCAGUGAGGAGGAAAUAGCUUGCCCUCGUCCCAGGGAAGCACCGAUUAAUCGAGUAUGCGAGAGUUACAAUAGCGUGGAUGAAUAUCUGUCAAUACAGUUUUAUUUGAUCCGUGAAGAUUGCUUUGCAUCACUAAGGCGAGCUAUUCAGGAUUUCCGCAAGAAUUUAAUCCCAAGCAACAUAAGAAGAUAUACAAAAGUAAAAUUCUUGCGAUUACAGGUGGGGAAUGAGGGAGUGGAGCAUUGCAUUUCAUUUGAAGUCUCUAAGAAGAAAGCGGUUAACUGGAGUUUAUCACGAAGUCUUUUGUUUGGUUCAUUGCUCUGCAUUUCCUGUGAUGGAUUCCGAACCUAUUUAUGGGGAAUCGUCAAGGAACGACAAGAAAAGGGAAUUCUUGUCUUGAAGCUCAUCCCAAGCAGCGAUGGGGGGCCUGUCGAUUUACAAAUUGACAAAACAUAUGAAAUGAUUGAGUCCACUUCAGCUUAUUUUGAAGCAUAUCACCAUGUUUUGAAAUGUCUUCAAAGGUUUGAAAUGGAAGAGCUUCCUUUCUCGGAGCAUUUGUUGUCAUUGCAACCUCAUGUCUUGGAACCUUCUUAUGUGCAACAGAGGAAACAGAAGGAUGCUUAUGAUUUCCAGAGUGCAUUUCCAAACAUCAGUAGAUGCUUGGGAACGGGCAUAGUUCGGAUCUUGAGAGAAGUAUGGCCUCGAUGGGAUUGUAGCCUCGAUGAAAGCCAGAUGGAAGCUGUAAAACAGGGUAUCACAAAAAGGUUGGUUCUUAUUCAGGGCCCUCCUGGUACUGGGAAAACCUACGUUGGCUUGAAGAUUGCUACGAUUCUGCUUUCUAAUGUGAAGCGGGGCCCUAUACUGGUGAUCUGUUAUACAAACCAUGCACUGGAUCAGUUCCUGGAAUCCAUUUACUCCAUUGAACCCAACGUGAUUCGACUUGGAAGUAGGUCUUCUAACGAAAUUAUGCAGAAACGAACCUUGAAGGAGCUCAGACGUGGAAUUACCAUUCCCCCCUCGCUUCGCAUAAGGUACAGAGAACUUAUGCAGACUAAAACCAAUUUGCAGCAGCAGAUUCAACGCUGCAUGGGCCUUAUGAAUCAACAGCAUGUUUCCAAGAAAAUGCUAAGGAAGAUGUCCUUAGAGCAGUGCAUUCAAUCCCUUGAUCCUAAUGAUGAAAUAUCUCACCACCUACAAAAAAUGUGGUUAGAAGAGAUUGCAGAACAAGCUGAGCAAAGGAAACGCCAAAGUAAAGGGAAGCAAAAGGUUGUGGAAACCAUGGCUCUAGACACAUGCAAUACAUUUUCUUCACUUGUAGACCAGCCCGAUGAGACCACUGAAUCUGCGGAACCUGAUAGUGAUAAAUCCAGUAUUGAUGAAGAAUCUAGAGAUUAUGCAACUGGUGAGGAGGGGUUAAUACCAAGAGAUGAAGAUGCUACUGCUAGUACCAUGAGGGUAAUGCCCUCAGAUGAAGAUGCUAAUGCAGAGGAGGCAUUGCUGGCAGAUGAAGAUGCUACUGCUAGUGCUAUGAGGUUAAUGACAGAAGAUGAAGAUGCUACUGCUAGUACUCGGGGGGUAAUGUCAGCAGAUGAAGAUGCUACUGCUGAGGAGGCAUUGUCAGCAGAUGGAGAUGCUACUGCUAAUGCUAUGAGGGUAAUGCCAGCAGAUGAAGAUGCUAGUUUUAGUGCUUUGGGGGUAAUGCCAGCUGAUGAAUGUUCCACAGAUGUUCUCUCCGAUGAAAUUUUAUGUUCUAAGGAUGACUGGAUUUUAGCUGAAAAUUCAAGAAUGAAGCUUCUUCAAUACUGGUUGGACCAAAUUAGAGAAAGAAACAAAGUCGAAUUUCAGCGCAUAACGGAAGCUUAUAAGAAUGUAUGUAGCCAGCUUCAACAGCUAGAUGAUGAGAUCUCUCUCCAUAUUUUAAGAAAAGCCAAUGUAAUAGGCAUGACAACCACUGCAGCCGCGAAAAAUUAUGACAUUCUUCAGGGCCUGAGAGCAGAAAUAGUUAUAAUAGAAGAGGCUGCUGAAGUUUUAGAGGCAAGCAUUUUGCCAUGUAUUGGAUCUUUCACCAAACAUCUCAUUCUGUUGGGAGAUCACUUGCAAUUACGUCCUUCUGUUGCAGAGUAUGAAUUAGCUACCAAGCACAAGCUGGAGAUAUCUCUCUUUGAGCGAUUGAUAAAGGGUGGGGUGGAGCAUGUGGCUCUUCGGUGUCAAAGAAGAAUGAGGCCUUCAAUCUCUGAAUUGAUAUCAGAUAUCUAUCCCUCCUUGAAAGAUCAUGACAGCGUUCAAAAUUUUGAGAAUAUUAAAGGUAUUCAAAACAAUGUCUUUUUCUUGGACCACAAAGCUAUGGAGUCUGAGACAAGUGAGGCUAGCAGCAAGGUAAAUGUGAAGGAAGCUUGGCUGAUUGUGGAAUUUUGCCUUUAUCUCCUAAGACAAGGUUAUGAAAACAGCGACAUAACAAUUCUGACUAUGUAUAAAGGUCAGAUGAGUGAGAUUCAGAAAAAUCUCAAGGACCGAAUUCUUAGUCGGACUAAAAUAGAGAGGAUGGACCCUGAAACAUUGAAGACUCCUCGAGUUUGUUCUGUGGAUAAUUAUCAGGGAGAGGAAUGCAAAAUUAUCAUAUUAUCUCUGGUAAGGAGCAAUAAAAUGUAUGGGGUGGGAGGGUCCAAAGGAAAUAUUGGGUUUCUGAAAGUAUCAAACAGAGUGUGUGUAGCGUUGUCAAGAGCCAAAAUGGGGCUGUAUAUCUUUGGGAACGCAGAGCUCCUAGCCUCUAAAAGUGAUCUAUGGGAAUCAGUUAUUCAGAAGUUGGGGAGUGCCAAAUCCAUUGGACCUGCUCUUUCACUGGCUUGUCAAAACCAUCCCCAAACAGAAACAAAAGUUUCACAAGCUGAAGAUUUCAGGUUAGUAGAAGAUGGAGGUUGUAGCAGGCCCUGUGAAUAUCAGUUGGAGUGUGGCCAUGCUUGCCCAAGGAGGUGUCACCCCUCAAAUCACGAUAGAAUAAUUUGCCCCAAGCCUUGUCCUAACAAAUUUGACAACGCAUGCGGUCAUCAGUGUACAGUGAUUUGUCACUUCCCUGAAGAUUGCCCUCCAUGUAGGGUGCCAAUACCCAAAGUUCUUCCUAAUUGUGGCCAUCAAUUAGUCCUCCAUUGCUCUAGUCCUGUGGAGGAUGCCCUCUGCAUCGAGCCAUGUGAUGUUAUAUUUGAUUGUGGUCAUCCAUGCCGGUCAAAAUGCGGACGCCCCUGUCCACCGUGUAGGAAAUUAGUUAUGAAGGAUUUGCCUUGUGGCCACAAGGCAAGUUUGCCUUGCUGUGAUGACCCUGCUAAUUUCUCUUGUAAAGAGCCUUGUGGUAAGGUUCGAAGUCCCGGUUGUGAGCAUAUAUGCCGAGGGACUUGUGCGUCAUGUAAACAAGGCACUUCUCACAUUCCCUGCAAGGAAAGAUGCUCCAGGGACCUGCCCUGUGGUCACCAAUGCAUGGCUGGUUGUUCAGAAACAUGUCCGCCGUGCAUGCAUCGUUGUGAGAAAAGGUGCUUGCACAGUCGUUGUACUCGUCUAUGUGGAGCACUGUGCAUUCCCUGCAAGGAAAAUUGCGAAUGGAAUUGCCAGCAUCAUACUUGUGAUCGUCUUUGCCAUGAAAUAUGCUCAAGAAAUUCGUGUGAUGAGCCAUGCCAAGAAAUUCUGAGCUGUGGGCAUACAUGUAUAGGCCUUUGUGGGGAGCCCUGUCCCAAGUUUUGCAGGACCUGCCAUCCUAACCAUCUUGAUGUCAUUACACAGAUGACUUUGGAGGAAUACGAAUCCACAGAUAGGUUCGUUCAGCUUAUAGACUGUGAGCAUGUUUUUGAAGUAAGCGGACUUGAUACAUGGAUGAAUAUGGACGAGAAAGUCCUUGAAGCUGAGCCUGGCGCAGUUGCUGUUAAGCUUAAACAAUGUCCUGAAUGUAGAACACCCAUACGAAAAUCAUUGCGGUACUCAAACAUUGUUAAGGAGAGGCUCCAGCAGAUUGAAGAAGUCAAGAAGUUAAUUCUAGGGUUUGAAUAUCUGAACAAGGGGAACAAAAUGUUAAAGGAAAAAUCUUAUGACAAAGCAAUUCAGGAAUUCAGUGAAGCAUUCCGGCACGAUCCAGGGUCUCUUGAAGCCCAUUUGGGCAUGGCUAAAGCUCUCUGUGGAUUAAAGGAUUAUGAGCGGACCACAGAGCAUCUGUUCUUCAUUUUAGAACGGAGUUCAUAUAAAGCUCGAAUCCAAGAAAAGCUUCCAGAACUAAUCUCGAAAUUUGCUUCAAGCAUCACAAAUGUGAAUUUCGGCACCAGCAAUGAUCGAAAUAUUAAAGCUGAAAACGAGUUGGCAAUUGAGACACUGUUGCAGUGGGUGUCAGUUCCAAUUUGCCAAGACCUUAAAACAGGGUUGACAAUUUGCGAAAUUAUUCUGGAGCAAACCCCUGGCCAUGUAAAAACUGAAGAAAUCAAAAGAAACCUGGAGAGUGGACAACGAGCUCUAGAAGAGGUAGUGAAUGUAAUAACGAGGGAAGUGGGAGGAAAAGGGCACUGGUAUAAAUGCCCAAAUGGCCAUUUCUAUGUUGUGGGGGAGUGCGGAGGUCCAAUGCAAAAAUCAAAAUGCCCAGAUUGCAAUGCUGUGGUAGGAGGAGAAUCUCACCAACCUGCUGAAGGGAACAGUCAUGCUGAUAUCGAUGGCAGUUCUCAUCCUGCCUGGGGCAACGCCACUGGUCUUGCUGGUCUUAAUAAUCUUCUUUAGUACUGAAAUAGUUAGGUUUUAAAACCAGAUAUGCAUCUAAGGAACAGUUUGCCAUGGGGUUCUUUGUGGUGUGAUUUCAUUGAGCUUUAAUUAAAUGGUGUCGUGAAUGAAAUGGCACGUAUUCUCUUGGGAAACGUGGUCAUUACAAACAAGUCGUUUAUUCUAGAGUUUUUUUAAAGUUUAUUUUAGGGUUUCUUUUUGGGAUGAAAGGAGAAAUCAGAAUUACAAUUAGUUUGUGGUCUAAGUGUAAAAUUCAAGAAUUUAAUGGUUUAAUGGAUAAAUAUAGUAUACCACCUUUUUUUUUU